AAUUAAUUUUGUCGCCACAUACAGACCAAUUCUGAUUCCUGCCUGGCGUCUUCGCAUUAAUCUUUGUACCUCUGAAUACUGUGCCGCUGUUUCCUCGUCCCCUAUACGGCCUGCGCGUCACUUAUUUCAAACAGUCCUUGCCCACAUAUACUCUUCCCACGUGACCGUGGGGCUGUAAUGGAUCCACUUGUCUGAAGCGACAUCCCAAGCUGAGGAAGGAGCGGAGCCGAAAGAAGCAGCAGCAGAAGAAAUUCAGUGAGAGACAGAAAGGGGAAGGAAAAUGCAGCAGCAUCUCAUGCAAAUGCAGCCGAUGAUGGCAGCAGCUUACGCUUCUAACAACAUUACCACUGAUCACAUUCAAAAGUACUUGGAUGAGAACAAGCAGUUGAUACUAGCAAUUAUGGACAAUCAAAAUCUGGGAAAGCUUAAUGAAUGUGCACAGUACCAAGCAAAACUUCAACAGAACUUGAUGUAUCUAGCUGCUAUUGCUGAUUCUCAGCCUCAAGUUCCGGCUGCACAUGCUCAGAUUCCUCCUAAUGCGGUUGUGCAGUCUGGUGGGCUUUUCAUGCAGCACCAGCAAGCACAGCAGCAAGUUACUCCUCAGUCUCUUAUGGCAGCUAGAUCUUCCAUGUUGUAUACCCAGCAGCCGAUGGCUGCUUUGCAUCAAGCCCAGCAGCAGCAGCAACAACAAUCUCUUCACAGCCAUCUUGGUAUAAGUUCUGGAGGAAGCAAUGGCUUGCACAUGUUGCAUGGUGAAGCAAACAUGGGAGGUAACGGGCCUCUCUCAUCUGGAGGCUUCCCUGACUUUUCACGUGGAACUGGGGCCUCUGGUGAAGGCAUUCAGGCCAAUAGGGGCAUGUGUAUAGAUCGUGGUGCAAAUAAGCAUGAUGGUGCUGGAACGGAGAAUGCUCAUCCAGGCCCAGGGGAUGGGCGAGGGAGUUCAACUGGAGGCCAGAAUACAGAUGGGUCAGAACAAUCAUACCUGAAAGCCUCAGAAGAGGGGAACUAGUUGGAUUCUUUUAACAGCAUACCAUUUCCUAACUCUUCCCUUGGGCAAGCUUGCAGAUUCCAAUUUCAAAAGAAUGAUGUUGGUUUAUCAAGUUUCGUAACGUAUUUUCUGAUAUUUUCCAACAAUGAUAAGAUCUCAUGACAGCUUUGCAUGUAUGCAAAAGUUAAUAUAGUCUUGGUGAUGAUGUAAAAUUAUGGCAAUACGAGUCAACGGUGAACUGGGAUUGUGUGCUGUUCUGAUGACAUAAUCACUUUAAAGUCUACCUUCUAUGAAUGAAAUUGCUCUCCACUUCUCAUAUAAAA